CAACUUGUUUCUCACGCAGUAGAAUGUGGAGGAAGAGAUUGACGGAGGAGCGCCAAGGAUGUCAUAGUGAAAGCUGAAAAUGCUUUGUCUGUCUGGGCGUACACAGCGAGUCACACGUCUCAAAAGAUUGCUCUUUGUUUACAUUUUUUAUUGUGUUAUAAUCUUAAAAUCCAAAAACGUGUGUGUGAAUGAGAGGGAGCCAAGUGGACGGGUGAAGUUACAGGAUGUAAAGAUAAAGAAGGUGGAGGAUUUUUAGUACUUAGGCUCUACUGUCCAGGGCAAUGGAGAGUGUGAGAAAGAGGUGAAGAAGUGGGUGCAGGCAGGAUGAAAUCAUUGGAGAAAAGUGUCAGGUGUGAUGUGUGACAAAAGGGUGUCAGCAAGGAUGAAAGGGAAAGUGUACAAAACAGUGGUCAGGUCAGCAAUGUUGUAUGGUUUGGAAAGUGGCACUGAGGACAAGACAGGAGGCGGAGCUGGAGGUAGCAGAGAUGAAGAUGCUGAGCUUCUCUCUGGGAGUGAGCAGGAUGGAUAGGAUCAGGAAGCAGUAGAUCAGAGGGACUGCACAUGUCAGGUGUUUAGGAGACAAAGUCAGAGAGGCUAGAUGGAGAUGGUUUGGACAUGUACAGAGGAGAGAGAGCCAGUACAUUGGUAAGAAGAUGUUGAGGUUGGAACUGCCAGGCAGAAGGUGGAGAGGAAGGCCAAAGAGGAGAGUUAUGGAGGUGGUGAAGGAGGACAUGAGGUUUGUAGGUUUGAGAGAAGAGGAAGCAGAGGACAGGGUGAGAUGGAGGAGGAUGAUCCGCUGUGGCCACCACUGAAGGGAGAAGCCCAAAGAGAAAGAAGAAGAAAUCUUAAAAUCCAAAUUUGUUAAUCCAGGAAUACAGGCCUGAGAAUGAUGGUGGAUUAUACAUGUUUCUUUCAGCUAACUGUUGCAUGAUGGGCCAUCAAUGAGGUUUCAUUGCUGGCCUAGAUGCAGUAGGUUAAUAGUUCAUUCAGUGUCUCUGUGUACUAUUUUGAGUUGUGCAAGUUAUGAACUCGUUCAUAUGAGAAUAAAGUCCGCACACCUUUGGGGGCGGACAAUAAAGACGGAACCACAACAAAGACGAAAAGAGAAAUAAAGACCAAAGCUCCAUGAUGAGGAAACCUUAAACAAAUGCACCUGUCUGAAGGCAGAUGAUGGACGUCGCUGCUGUAGAUACAUGCUGUAAAGGGAAAAGAGCCUGAGUGAGGGGAGGACGUGAGUGCGGCGGAAUGGUGCGCUGAUUACCAUUUUAAAACAGCAGGGAGCACGUGACCCCGGAGAUGAACAAGCUUCGCCAAAGUCUGCGGAGGAAGAAGCCCACCUACGUGCCAGAGGCCAGCAGACCGCAUCAGUGGCAGGCGGACGAGGAGGCGGUUCGGAAGGGCAAAUGCAACUUCUCGGUCAGGUACCUGGGCUUGGUGGAGGUGGAGGAGUCGAGAGGAAUGCACGUGUGUGAGGAAGCUGUGAAGAAGCUCAAAGUUAGUGGGAAGAAGACAGUCAAAGCGGUUCUGUGGGUGUCAGCGGACGGACUCAGGGUGGUGGAUGAUAAGACCAAGGAUCUGAUUGUGGACCAAACCAUCGAAAAGGUCUCCUUCUGUGCUCCCGACCGCAACUAUGACAAGGCCUUCUCCUACAUCUGCAGAGACGGAACCACCCGACGGUGGAUGUGCCACUGCUUUAUGGCUCUGAAGGAUUCGGGGGAGAGACUGAGUCAUGCUGUCGGCUGCGCGUUUGCCGCCUGCCUGGAGAGGAAGCAGCGCAGAGAAAAGGAGUGUGGCGUGACCGCGUCCUUCGAUGCCAGUCGCACCUCAUUCGUACGCGAGGGCUCCUUCCGCGCCAACUCCUCCAGCAGCCAGCCGGGCAGCGGCAGCGAACGAGAUGACAAACUGGACAAAAAGAAAGGUGGGAAACGACAAUACCCGCCCUCUAUUCCAGCUAUGCCACCAGGCAAUGCCUCCCCACCCGAGGGUGCGGCGUCCCCGAUGGAGCGCCCGGAACCUGGCGGGCCGCAUGCCAUCCCCCGUCGCCACGCUCCCAUCGAGCAGCUGGUGCGUCAGGGCUCAUUCCGGGGAUUCCCAGCGCUCAGCCAGAAGAACUCUCCCUUUAAGAGGCAGCUGUCGCUCCGCCUCAACGACCUGCCAUCCACUCUGCAACGCAAGACCGACUUCCAGGCCAAGAACCCUGUACUAGAGAUGGACAUGGGGCUGGCGUGUGGAGACAGCAGUAUAAAUGCCCUGUGCAGCCAGAUCAACACUUCCUUUACCAGACCAUCCGAAGAGUUAUACGCCAACCCUUGCUCCCUGGCUGGCGCUGCCCCACCCUGCUCUGUGCCACCCAUCCUACCCCCACCACCUGCCCCAAUGCAGGGUGCCUCCUCCUGGAUGCAGCCGGAGCCUCCGCUGCACUCGCCACCACCAGCGUCGGUGGCCGUGCAGAUGCAGAGCGGACACAAGCGGACUCCCUCUGAGGCAGAGCGGUGGUUGGAGGAGGUCUCUAAAGUUGUCAUGUCCCAACAGACGCCACCCCCUGGUCCAACUAUCCCCACCAUCCCUGGUCCCCCAGCCGCGUCCAGUCAGCAGAUAUCCAGUUUAGCGUCUGUCCCGCCAGUGUCGACCAUCUCAAGGCCGCUUGGCACCAUGACAAAACCGCUCAUCUCUGGGCCCCCGACACUUCCACCAAUGUCCAUAUCAUCUGUUCCUUUAAUACCCGGGCCUCCAGUGUCAGGCCCCCCUAUGUCGCUACCUUCCAUGUCUAUCCCCACUAUGUCUGGUCCGAGCAUGUCAGGGGCCCCUAUGAUACAGCCCUCACUACCUGGGCCUCCAGGGUCCCUACCCAGCUCAAUGCAACCCUUUCCCUUAGUGUUUGAUGGUACUCCUGCCGCCGUUGGAAUGUUCGGCACCCAGCCUGUGCAACCCGCCUUCGUGCCCAUGCAGACCUACAUGCCAGGUUUGGCGAGCAGCAUGACCUACCCCAACGCAAGUGUUCCCGUGGUUGGAAUAACUCCGUCACAAAUGGUUGCGAAUGCCUUUUGCACAGCCACCGGCUCAUCAGGCGGCGCAGCCUCCAUUGGCUCUUCCAGUGCAGCUCCUAAAGGAGGAUCCCUUGGUGUUCAUGGUUACCCUGGGGCACAAGGUUCAGUUGGGCACACAGGGGGGUUCCCCUCGCAACCGUUCACUUCCAUCGCUUCGAUCAAUGGCAUCCCACCACAGAGCAGCAACAUCAUGAACCUUCAGAAUGGGACCAACAGCGCUUGCAUGAGCGGUAACUGGCCACCUGAGGGGAGCCAGCUAACUGCACCUGUCGCCGGAGAUUCCCAAGAUGAUGACCGUUUUGAGGCCAAAUGGGCUGCUUUGGAGAGCAAACCUGCACCUCUACAGCCGGGGAACAAGUCACCACCUGCAGCUGCCAACCCUUUCUCCAACAACUUGCAGAAGACGUUUGAGAUUGAGCUCUAACUCAGUCAACCACUCCAGAACAGUUGACAGACUGAGAAGACGUUCGGCCAACUGAAGCAUCUUCUAUGAGAAUCAGAUGCUGGUUUUGAAUGUCGAUCAGCUGCUUCCCCGUGGAGCUCUUGAAUCUGAUCUUUAGCGAUUCCUUUGAGCUCCGCCAGAGCUGCAGGGGGUGAGGACGCGACUGGGCUUCUGAAGGACUGGACGUAUUGCUUGACUUGAUCUGCCUCUCUUUUUCACUCAGCUUUAUUGUACCUGCUCCGAGUCCGUGAAUGUACCACAUCUGCCCCCUGGAGGAUGGAACUGGGCCGAGUGGUUUUUACUUUUUUAUAAAGUAGGGAUUCUGCUGUUGAUUUCUUCAGGAUGUGUUUGACAGGUCUGAUGAACAGAUGAGGAUAAGAGUUGCGAGACCCCAGUGACCAAAACAAAGGACUCACCAUCCAAAAGUAGAGAUUAUGGCCAAAAUGAUUUUAUUUAUUAUAUUUUAUUUUUGUUAUAUUUUACGUUAACACGUUAUAAAUAUCUAUAUAUAGUUAAAAAUCGACAGUGUUUCAUAAGUGUUUUUGGGAUAUAUUUAUUUUGUUAUGCAGUGGAGCAGGAACGACCGAGCGGUAUAGACACACGUGCAAAAACAGUGGAUUCAUGUGAAACUAACUGGUCUGACAGCGAAGCGAUAUUUCAGUGUAUAUAGCAGCAUGUUACUUUUUACCAUCAGCUCUGACGUAUAUACACAAAAGUCUGUUUAUACAAUAUGCUGCGCCACCCAGGAAGACAGCACCACAAGUCCUCCUCCGACCCGAGCAGCAUUCACAAACCGGUCUCAGCUCCAACACCACUUCUUUACAAUUCCAAACAGGGUUUCUUAUCAGACGGCGAACAUGACAUUUAGCAAACCACGACAACAGAAACGUUCCAGAAUAUUAAGAGAGAAAGUGUCGCGAAAAGGAUGUGAAGUAAGUGGACAAAAGAGGGAGUGGAUUGCAGUAUGUGAUACCUUUACAGAUCGCUAAGAAGAAAGUGGAUAGGAAAAGGUGAGGCGCGUAAAGCAUCACUAUGGCGACGUUUCAACUGCAAGACAGCACACAGUUCUCAAGACCUUGAUUCAGACCUACUCUUUAAGAGGAUGCAUUCAUUUAAACAACACAGUUUAGAAUUUAUAUGGACUUAUUUUCUUUAUUUCUGGACCUUGACUCAGCGCUAUGCAUUCAUUGUUGAACAAGGUCAUCACAUAGGGGUUGCUCCGGAGUGUUAUGCGAGUACUUCACGAAGAUACAUCAGUUCAAGAUGACGGCCAUAUGACACAGUUACAUGCCUUUUUCUUCUUUUCCUCCAGUGGUUGCCGCAGCUUUGUCCUCCUUAACUUAUCUUGCACAUCCUUCCUAGUCGCGCCUGAUGUUUCCAUUGUCCUCCUUUGUCACAUGAACUUUAUGUUUCUAUUGCUGUCCUCCCGCAUUUUUGCUAUCUCCCAAUCGUCCAUUUAACCUGUCUCUCCCCUUCACUUCACUAAUUUUAUCUCCAAACCUUUCUACAUGAGCUGUCCAUCUCUUAUGCUUGUUUCUAAUCUUGUCCUUCACAGUCACUCCCAAUUAAAAACCUAAGCAUCUCCAACUCUGACACUCUGCUCCUUGUCUUUGUGUCAGUGCUGCUGUCAAACAAACAUGAGAAGCCAGAGCAUUUUCCUUUUCUUAGAAUCAAUUCAUCUUUUUGCUUCACACGAGCAUAAAAAACGUACAGAGGCAAAGACAUGACAUUGGGUUGUUUACAUUAAAACUGUCCAAAAAAUGUUAAAGUUAAAAAUAUUCACUGCUAUUUACUUCAUUUAAGCCAUUAAACGUAAGUUUUACUUUGUUAUGAAAUAACAGAAACUGACGCUCUGAUCUUGUCACUCUGGAUUGAAAACUGUCGUUGGUCAUGCACAGACCACAACCCACUCUGCAAGCGCCUACAGCCAUUCACGCCCGGAUCGUCCAGUUCUUGACUCAUUUUACGGCUGAGGAAGUUGGCUGAUUUGAUUUUUCGCUCAUUCUUUCUUAAGUUCCCCUCCUGCGUUGGUGGUCCACCUCUCUGCCCACGAUGAAUUGUGUUUCGUGUUGAGCAAACCAAACGACCUCAUACACAUGAUUGUAAAGACAUAGUUUAGCCGUGGUAACAAAGACAACCAGAGGAGUUUAUUUUUAACCUUUAUUUACAGAAUUUCUUUUUGUAUUUAAA